AUGAUCCACCCAUGGCACGAUGUUCGACCCGGAAUCCAGUCCCUCUCCCUCCCCCAAAACUUCCGCGCGAUCAUCGAGAUCCCGAAGAGCUCGUCCAACAAAUACGAGCUCGAUAAAUCCACCGGGAUGCUCCGUCUCGACCGCGUCCUGUCCUCCGCCGUCUACUACCCCGCCAACUACGGCUUCAUACCUCAGACCUACGCCGAAGACUACGACCCCCUCGAUGUCCUCGUAUUCUGCACAGAAAAAGUGCCCCCGCUCUGUAUUUGCGAAGCCCGUGCCAUCGGUGUCAUGACCAUGCUCGAUGAAGGGCAACCGGACCACAAGAUCAUCUCCGUACUCAUCAACGAUCCCGAGUUCGAAGAUAUGAAGUCCAUCGAGGACUUCCCGAAGCACACAUUCAAAAUGCUCAAACGCUUCUUCGAGGACUACAAAAACCUUGAAGGCAAAGCGGUGGAGGUCGACGAGAUCCAGCCUGUAGACAAAGCCCACGAGGUCAUCGACGCAUCCCUCCAGAGAUACUCCGAAGCCCGCCGAUCCGAAAAAAUCUAA